GCAGCCGUUGGAACGCUGAUGGUCGGUAUAGAAUUUUAUGUAUGAAUUGGUAUUAAUGAUGAAGUAACGAGAAAACGAGAGCCCUGAUGGAGUGAGAGAAGAGAGAGAUGUUGUGCAUGCCCAGCUGCAGCCGAUUCAUUUCCUGCUCCCAACACAACCACAGCCUUCGUUUUGGUCUUCACCUUCACAAACAGCCACUCACGUUGAGCUUCAUCCACUGUGGGUCCCACCACCAUCAAAUGGCAACGUCGUCCUUCGACUUCCUCGCCAAGAAGCCUUACACUCCUCCUUCUUGGGCCUCCCACCUCAACCCUUUACCCUCUCAUGUCUUCUCUCUUGCCCAUCGUCCUACGCCAAUUCACAGAUGGAACCUCCCCAAUUUGCCACCAAAUACCGAACUCUGGCUCAAGCGGGACGACCUUUCAGGAAUGCAACUGAGUGGAAACAAGGUCAGGAAAUUGGAAUUCUUGAUGGCAGAUGCUGUGUCGCAAGGCGCUGACUGCAUAAUCACGAUUGGAGGCAUUCAGAGCAACCACUGCCGCGCCACUGCGGUGGCGGCCAAAUACUUAAACCUUGAUUGUUAUCUUAUACUCCGCACUUCUAAGGCCCUUGUCGACCAAGACCCAGGAUUGGUAGGCAAUCUCCUGGUUGAGCGUUUGGUAGGAGCACAUGUUGAACUUAUAUCAAAGGAAGAGUAUGGAAGAAUUGGAAGUGUGACACUCACCAAUGUUCUAAAAGAGAAGUUGAUAAAGGAAGGGAGAAAGCCAUAUAUUAUUCCCGUUGGUGGAUCAAACUCUUUAGGAACAUGGGGAUAUAUAGAGGCAAUUCGGGAAAUUGAGCAGCAAAUUCAAAGUGAGGCAAAUGAUAUCAAGUUUGAUGAUAUUGUUGUAGCUUGUGGCAGUGGAGGCACAAUUGCUGGUCUAUCAUUGGGGUCAUCAUUGAGUACAUUGAAAGCAAGAGUACAUGCAUUUUCUGUCUGCGAUGAUCCAGAUUACUUCCACAACUUUGUCCAAGGCUUGCUUGAUGGACUGAAUGCUGGUGUCAACUCAAGAGAUAUUGUUGACAUACAAAACGCCAAGGGUCUUGGUUAUGCAUUGAACACCUCUGAGGAGCUUAAUUUUGUAAGAGAAAUUGCUGCAGCUACUGGUGUUGUUCUAGACCCGGUAUACAGUGGGAAGGCUGCAUAUGGAUUGCUGAAAGAUAUGUCUGAAAAUUCAAAGAAAUGGGAAGGGAGGAAGAUCCUCUUCAUUCACACAGGCGGCCUCCUUGGAUUGUACGACAAGGUCGAUCAGAUGGCUUCUUUGGUGGGCAAUUGGCGUCGAAUGGAUGUUGCUGAAUCUGUUCCUAGGCAGGAUGGUAUUGGGAAAAUGUUUUAGAAAAAGGAAAAUUAGAAAGACUAGGAUUGCUUUCAUUAUUGUUUUGUAAUAACUGUAUUGCGCACGCUGAAAGCUGCCGUACGAUAUAAUAACGUUCUCCAAAACAGUGUCAAUGUUACCAAUGAUCAUGAUUCUUGUAAUCAUGGGUGCUGUUCUUUAGAUUGGAGUUUGGAAUGUAUCACUUAAAUGCCUCAAUAUAGCAAUGUAUUGUUUCUGUUUUGUUUGUAACA